AGAUUCCAUUUCAGAAUAGUGAUGGAGGAGCUGAACAAUUUAACAUUUGAGAGACUCCAAUAUGUUUCGGAGUUCGCAAAUCUUGCUGUUCAGCUGGAAAAUCAGUUAGCCUCCGUUCGAUCAUCAAUGUCGAAAGCAAGAACCCUACGCGGCGUAGUACUAUCGCAUUUGUUCAAUAUUGACGUUCAAACGCUAGUGCCCACGUCAAGGGUCACCUUUGAUGGAGAAAAGUUUACUCUUGUGGAUCAAGCAACAGGGCAAGACGAUGAUGAAACCGACGAUAAGAUUCGCCAACGCAAAGGAGAGCAGAAAACAGAGCAUGUUGAAGAGGAGCAAACGAAAGCGAAGGAGGUACCUACGUUUCGUCCAUUCGGAAUUCUGGAACCUACGCCAGCGAAGGAAGCACGGAAGUCAAUGCACACCGUUUUGCAAAUUGUGUGCGAGCUCGCUUCUGUGCAGUCGAAGAUCAAAAAACUCGAUGAAAGAAUCAUAGCGCUGAAAGGGAAUCUCAAAGAAGAUGAGCAAGUGUGGACCAAAUUCGAAGAAGUUGUGAAAAUUUGACAUGACAGUUAUAAACGUUUCUCA